AGUACUCACCUACCUUUAUCUAUAUGAUACAACUUACAAUUAAUGUACCUAAGCUUAGGUGGUUUGCUUCACUCAGCCAUAAAAGCAACAGCCUAUCAAGAAGGGUAUCGUUCAAUAAUUGGCAUACGGUAUUCUCUCACCGCCCCAUUUCCGGGAACUUUUCUCCGGCAGCGCAGUGAAAGAAGCACAAAUCUGUCGAGUUGCAGAUACUAGUAACAAUAAUAUCAGUCUGAGGCUUGCUUACACGAGAAUUAUGGACGAUAGUGAUCCCGGCGUCCAGAUCUAAUCAAUACGCCGCAACAUUAUUCUCACCCGAUUUUUGCGAUGACUGUCUUGCUUUUUCCUGUUCCCCACGAGCUGAACGCGAGACUAUGAUGGCGUAUCCAGUCGUUCGCUAACGAUUCUUCGGGUUGCCGUAGAACCGGCGGUGUUCCCAUACAAACAUAUAUAAUUCAUAGCACAAUUCUAUCACGGCCUCUGUGUAUAAGAGCAUCAUAACUUCUCGUAUUGCGACAUAACAUGUUCUUCAGGAGGUCAUCUUAUACGGAUUAUUCUUGAAGUUAUACCAUUAUCACUCAAGCUGAACGAUGAGUAGAUUCGCAGCAUACUGUGACUGGAUCACUACUGCUCGAAAAUGUCUGGACGGUGAACAGCCUCCACUGCACAUAGCAAGAUUCUACGUUCGGGAAGAAUCGGUUUGGUUUCCUCUUGUCGGGGUGGAGCCUUCCAACCGCGUCGCUCAGUUUUACGAAGAAUUAGUCACUGAGGUCGAGCAAUCUAGACUGAGAGAUGGGCGAAAGAAGCUAUACCGGCGAUUCGUAAAUAGGGUCAUUGCUGCCCACGCCACUGUUGAAGAUAUACGAGUACCGCUUGGGACUGUUUCGACGCUUCGACACCCCCUGGCUCACUUAGAUAUAGCGUUAAACCGGAUGACGGAUUUAAUAGAAUACGACAACGAGCAUCCAAUUCAUUGGUCCGAAGUGUUCCCGAUAGAAAAUGCUAAGAGUCAAUUGUCGCCAAGUGAGCUUUGGCUUCACUUCAAGCUGGAGAGCAUUCGGCCUUGUCUCGUCUUCCUGGUGCGGCUCUUGGGGCUGGUCCUUCCGAAGUAUUCGGACAUGUGGCGUGAAUGCGACAAGAGCCUGACGAGUAAAGAAUGGAUAAUUCAGUUCAUUCUCGAUUCACCGAGAGCUCCGAAGGAGUCAACAUCUACACCACAUCUAGGAAUUGACCUGUCAUCUCAGGCUAAGACUAGGUAGCUUGCAUGAUAUACAAUUGUGCGGCUCGGCUUUGAAGGAAAAGGAAAGAAACCUGGGUUAAAUAGAUGUUAGAAUGUUGGCAUUAAUAAUUUAAGCUAUUUGUAAUUAUAAGGAUUAAAUUAAUCCUAGGUAUGUAUAUGAAUUCGUGGUUAACUAGUUGUGGACCCUGGAGUUUUAUGUUUCGGUAACUACCUAGGUUAGGUUAGGUAGGUAGUUAACUGAAAAGCAUAUCUACCCGAGUUUGUGGAUAGCGUUAUCCUCUACCCGAUUAACAAGACUUAUGCUACUAUCCCAUGUAUAUAAUCCCC